AUGGUACCCAAGUCUGCCUCCGUUUUUGCUCGCUUGUCAAGAGCCAAUGUACCAAAAAUGCCGCCGCAAUGUCACAAGCACCAGCCGUAUCGUCUUCAAUGCCCUGACUGCCCCAAGGAGUUCCGCAACAUGUCAGGGCUCACUCAGCACCACAAUUCAGCUCAUAUUCGACUACCAUCUGCUUCUCUAUCUCCUCCACUGACAGAGCGCUUGCCAUCACCCGAACUUGCAGAUUUAGCAGCACCAUUAGAAGUACCUAUGGAAGACAUUGCCGAACCUCCAAGAGGGGCACAGCGCAUUUAUCACCGAGACAUCAAUGCCCUUCCUUGUGAUAUUCACGGACAUAACCUCCCUCCUGGAACACCUCCGCCACCACGUCAUGAGCAAGAUGGUGUUGAUAAAGACAAUGACUGGUUUCCGUUUCAUGACCGUCUGGAAUUCGAAACAGGGGAGUUUCUCUUCAGGUGGCAGCACAUGUCAAAUAAUGGCAUAGACGAACUGAUGGACCUAUGGGCUGCAUCGCUACUUAAGCAUCAUGCUGAGCCCCCAUUUUCUAGUCAUGGAGAUUUGGACUCAGUUCUUGAUUCUAUCAAGGUCAGUGAUGUUCCAUGGCAAUCAUUCCAUGUAUCAUACACCGGCCAACUUCCUAAUGCUGCUGUCACACCGCCAUGGAUGUUCGACAAGUAUGAUGUCUGGUUCCGAUCUCCGCAUAAUACUAUUGCAGAAGACCCCACAAACCAUGGGUCUAUGUUUGUGCCAAUCAUUCCUGGAAGCGACAAGACUACGGUCUCUGUCGCUACCAGUCAAAAUGAAUAUUAUCCCCUCUAUGGAUCAAUCGGAAAUGUUCACAAUCAUGUAAGAGGUGCUCACCGUAAUGCCCUCGUCUUAAUCAGCUUCCUUGCAGUCCCAAAAACAGAACAGAAAUACUCAAACAGCGCUCUAUUCCGGAAGUUCCAACGACAACUAUUCCAUUCAUCACUGUCAGCAAUCCUUCAAUGCCUGAAGCUGGUGAUGACCACUCCUGAGGUUACCCGAUGCUGGGAUGGUCAUUAUCGUCGAGUGAUCUAUGGGCUUGGCCUGUACAUUGCAGAUUACCCUGAGCAAGUGCUCUUGGCAUGCAUUGUUCAGGGGUGGUGUCCAAUCUGUACAACUCCCGCAAAGGAGCUAGAUGGUCCCUUAAUUGUCGCAGAUCUUAUUCCAUUCACCAAUGAUUUCCCUCGCACUGACAUCCAUCAGCUUAUCUCACCGGAUCUACUUCACCAGAUCAUUAAGGGCUGCUGGAAGGAUCAUCUUGUAACGUGGGUGUGCGACUAUCUUAUUCUUACGCAUGGCAAAACACGUGGACAUGAGAUUAUGGAUGAUAUUGAUCGCCGAAUAGAAGCUGUUCCUACCUUUUCGGGCCUGCGUCACUUUCAUCAAGGUCGUGACUUCAAGCAAUGGACCGGGGACGACUCCAAGGCUCUUAUGAAGGUUUAUUUGCCUGCCAUUGCUGGCCAUGUCCCGCAACAAAUGGUCAAAACACUGGCCGCUUUUCUCGAAGUAUGUUAUCUUGUCCGUCGUGAUGAGAUAGACCGCGCUACUCUCGCCCAGAUUGAGGAUGCGCUAGCCCGGUUACGACAGCAUCGCCAGAUCUUCAAGGCGACAGGUGUUUGUGAUGACUUCUGCCUUCCACGGCAGCAUGCACUGGAGCAUUAUGUCAGGCAUAUACAACGCUUUGGGGCCCCAAAUGGCUUGUGCUCGUCAAUCACAGAGUCCAAACACAUCAAGGCAGUAAAAGAGCCAUGGAGGAGCUCGAACCAAAACAACCCCUUAGGCCAGAUGCUCCUCGCAAACCAGCAUCUCGACAAGUUGGCGGCGGCUCGCAUUGACUUCCACAGUCGAGGGAUGUUGUUUGGGACUUGCCUAGAUGCUGCUUAUGCAGAAUUUAUACAACUAAAUGAAGCAGAGGCAGGUCUCGACAAUGCCAAUGAAGACCACAAGAAUGCCAAUGAAGACCACGAGGAUGUCAAUGAAGACCACGAGGAUGCCAAUGAAGGCCAUGAAGAUUUAGAUAAAGGUUGCGGGGCGGCCAACAAAGGCUGCGAGGAUGCUGACGAAGGAGAUGAGGAUGUGGGUGCUGUGGCAGGGCACACCGUCGAAAAUUAUGUGGUCCUCACGAAGAAACAAUGCUAUGCACAGACUCUAGAUGCCCUCGGCAUUUAUAUUGGCCAUCCUCGACUCCUAGAGCUUACAUGGCAAUUUUUAUUUGAACAGCUCCACCCAAAUGGCCCUCCAGCUUCCACUAUUGCCCUCAACCUCUGCCCUAUCGUGACGGAUCGUCGUGUCAGCGUUUAUCAUUCUGCAACAGCCAUUUUCUACGCACCAAGUGAUCCAUCUGGCAUUGGAGGCAUGCGGCGCGAGGUUAUACGGGCAACACCAUCGUGGCGUCAUGGUCCCAGCCGUUACGACUGUGUUUAUUUACAGAUGGAUGCAGAGCACCAGGGUUUCCGUGGAUUGAAUGCUGUCCGUGUGCGCCUUUUCUUCCGUUUUUGGUUCCAUGGGCGGUGA